AUGCUCGCCGCGCUGAAAGAGGCCCGCUACGAGGUUCCCUCGCCGAUUCAAGCUGGCGUGAUCCCGAUUGCAUUGGAAGGGAAGGACGUCCUCGGUCAGGCCCGCACAGGGACCGGCAAAACGGCCGCUUUCGGCAUUCCGAUCAUCGAAACGCUUCCCGAAGGCAAAGGGCCGCACGCGUUGAUCCUGGUGCCGACGCGAGAGCUCGCCGUGCAAGUGCGUGACGAGAUCACCAAGCUUUCCAAAGGCAUGGGCGUCAACACGGUGGCGAUCUACGGCGGCAAGCCGAUCAAAAGCCAGAUCGACAAGCUGAAGCGAAACCCAGACAUCGUCGUCGGCACGCCAGGCCGCGUGAUCGAUCAUAUGACGCGGCGUUCGCUGUCGCUGGAAAACUUGAGCAUCGUUGUGCUCGACGAAGCGGAUCGAAUGCUCGACAUCGGUUUCCGCCCCGACAUCGAAAAGAUUCUGCGUCGUUGUCCGGAUGAUCGCCAAACCAUGCUGCUGAGCGCUACCGUUCCGCCGCCGAUCGAACGGCUGGCCAAUCGCUACAUGCAAGAUCCGGUGAAGAUCGACUUCUCGCCGACAAAUAUCUCGGCCGACACAAUCGAGCAGCAUUACUUUACCGUCGACGGUCCCAAGAAGAUGGAACUGCUGGUCCGUUUGCUUCGCCGCGAACAACCGACCAAGUGUAUCGUGUUCUGCCGCACCAAGCGGGGGACGGAGAAACUGUUCCAGCGACUGCAAAAGAAGACGAAGCUGGUCCGCUGUAUCCAUGGCGACAUGCAUCAGG